AUGAUACGUAAUGUCACAGAUGAUGAAAUUAAGCUGGCUAUGUUUUCUAAUGGGGAGAAUAAGGCUUUAGGUCCGGAUGGGAUUAAAGAGGGGUUGCAUGAACUUGUUAGCAUGAACCAAUCAGCUUUUGUGUCGGGAAGAAGAAUAUCAGAUAAUAUCUUGUUAAAUCAGGAACUUAUGCAUAAUUAUCACAGAAGUAGUGGCCCGCCUAGAUGUGCUUUCAAGAUAGACAUUCAAAAAGCCUAUGAUACGGUAGACUGGCAUUUUUCGGAGUUGAUAUUGAAGGGUUUCGGUUUUCACCCUACAAUGAUUGAGUGGAUUAUGACUUGUGUAUCCAUGACAUCGUACUCGUUAUGCAUUAAUGGGAACUUGCAUGGAUAUUUCAAAGGAAAGCGAGGAUUGAGACAGGGUUCCAUAAUAGAUGUGACAAGCUACAAAUUACAAAUAUAUGCUUUUGCUGAUGACUUGUUUAUCUUCUCACGGGGUGAAACGAGGUCAGCAAAAGUUAUUAUGGAGUCUCUAAAUCUGUUUCGAGACAUGUCUGGUUUAGUGGCAAGUUUGACAAAGAGUACGCCUUUUUUCUGUAAUGUCCCUGAUCAUGUUAAAUAUGCUAUUCUUGCUAUCAUGCCAUUUGAGGAAGGAAGUUUACCGGUUUGGUUACGGGUUAAACAUUUGGCUAAAAUGCAUCAAGUUAAUUCGAGAUGGGAUGAUAUAUAUGAUUGGCUGAUUCCACGCGCUAAGUCUAAUUUGGCUAGAAGUGUAAUUGGGAAAUUACUUGUAGCUGCUUCUGCAUACUUUAUAUGGGAUAUCCCAUUAACCAAAAAUAAUUGGUGCAAUAGUAGUCCCUUGUGUGACAAAUUUUCCCCUAGAGAGAUCGCUUCAGCUGGUUUCUCCAUUGAUAAUAAAGUUGGGCAACUUGUUCGUGAUGAUGCUUGGUAUUGGCAAGAUAGAGAUGGUGCCGCAACACCUUUUUCGGUUAAUGUAGUUUGGGAAGAUCUUCGACCAAGACAAGCUAGUGCUAACUGGAGUGAUUUGGCUUGGACUGAACCGGAUUCUCAUAAUCAUCUUUUCUUUGAAUGUAGUUAUACUAUGCAGGUUUGGAAUAAAGUCAACAUGAAGGUUGUUAUGUGUUCUCGGGCUAGCAAUUGGAACCAAAUUAUUGAUCGAUUUCUACCUGUUGCGGAAAAGAAGACCAUGGAGAAUGUCAUUGAUAUUCUUAUACUUGCAGCAAGCAUGCUUACAUUCAAGUACAAAAGGAAGGCGCAUUUGGAAAGGCUUAUUGCAGCUUGGGAUUUCCCGAUUUCUUUACUUGACAUGGCUGGUCUUGGGCAUGUGUUGAAUAUUGAAGAUAUUACAUAUUACUUGAUCCCGAUUUCUAAAGAUAGAUUAACUGCUGCUAGUUUGGGUGAAAUUUCCAGCGGUGAUGUAACAGGUUACGCGAAGCCACCCCUUGAGACCAGUUUUUUGGGCCAGUGGGUAGUGGAUAACCUGAAUGCAGGUGUGGCUGCAAUGCAAUUGCAAUUGAUGCCCAAUGAUAAAGUUGUCUGGUUUGAUACCACAGCACUUGGGCCUUCAGCAUUGAAACUACAACCCGAGGGGAACUGCCCUUUGAAUCCAGACAUAAAAAACCAGCCUGAUUGUUAUGCGCAUGCUGUUGCUUAUGAUUGGAAGACCUCACAAGUCAAACCAUUGACGAUUAAAGGUGAUGCAUGGUGUUCGUCUGGAAAUUUGUGGCCUAAUGGUAACUUGGUAGCUACUGGGGGUACCUUUAGUGGUGGUAAAGCCAUUCGAGUGUUGGCUAACGAUGAUCCCAAUGCAGACUUUGUUAACAAGCUAGAUGUUCUUGCUGAAACUAGAUGGUAUUCAUCAAACCAGGUUUUGCAAGACGGGAGCUCGGUAGUUGUAGGUGGACGAGAUUCGUAUAGCUAUGAGAUUGUACCACCACAGUUGGACUUCCAACCUAAAAGAUUUGAUCUUCCAUUCCUCAAACAAACAACCGAACCACCUAUGGGCCCCGGAAGACCAGUUGAGAACAACUUGUACCCAUUUCUCUUCCUCCUUCCAGAUGGAAACAUUUUCAUGUUUGCUAAUAAUCGAGCCAUCAGCUUUUGCGCAUUUACUGGGAAAGUCAUUAUUGAAUACCCAGAAUUACCAGGAGGGUCUCGUAAUUAUCCCCCUUCUGGAAUGUCAGCUAUGUUCCCAUUGAAACUGACGCCAGAUAACCAAGGCAUUAGCGCCGAAAUUGUGGUAUGUGGUGGUAAUGUCCCUAAUGCCUAUAAAGUAGUUGACGCACGACAUGUCACAGAAAAACAGUUUCUACCUGCCCUGAAAGAUUGUCACAGGAUCCAACCACUGAAACCUAAUCCAACGUGGGAAGAUGAGCAAGACAUGCCAUCCCCACGAACCAUGGGCGAUCUAUUGUUACUUCCAACGGGUGAUCUUUUGAUGCAUAACGGAGCCCAAAAGGGUUGUUCGGGUUGGGAGGAUUCUACAGAUGCUAAUUUUACACCUCUAUUAUAUACACCGUUUAAACCUAUGGGUAACAGGUUUAAAGAAUUGACACCUACAAAUAUAGCAAGAAUGUAUCAUUCCGCUUCAGCAUUAUUGCCAGACACAAAGGUGUUGGUUGCUGGAAGUAACAUGCAUGAAAAAUAUACCUUUUAUGGUGAGUUCCCAACAGAACUGAGAGUCGAGAAAUUCUUACCGCCUUACUUGGAUCCUCGACUUGAUGAUGAUCGUCCUGAGAUUGAUGAACAAAGUACAGAAAAGGUUUUGAAGUACGGGAAACAAUUUAAAGUUGCGGUAAAAGUCAAGUCAAAACAGAACUUGGAGUUGGGCGAUGUUAUGGUGACAAUGUUGUACCCGCCAUUCACAACUCAUGGUUUUUCCCAAAACCAAAGGUUACUUGUUCCUACAAUGACCACCAUCGAUAAUAAUGUGAUCACAUUAUUUGCACCUGCCAAUGGGAUAGUUUCUCCUCCUGGUUACUAUAUAUUGUUUGUAAAUUACCUUGGUGUGCCUGGUAAGGGUAUCUGGGUUCAUAUAGAUUAAAACAGGUUCUUAUUUUUGUAGUAAUUUUUUCA